AUGGUCUUCGAUCCCGUGACGGACGAGCAGCGCAAGGCCUUCUUCCGCCAAGGCUAUGGCGCUCACGUGCCAGGGUACACGGGGCACUGCCCAACGCUCAAGUUCCGGGUCGGGAAGAGAUUCGGCGCCUGCACCGGAGAGAUCGCAAAGGAAUUGCUCGAGAAACGCAUCUUGAAGACUGGGCCGUACAGGCCCGCGGCAGAUGACGACGCUUUGGCCCUCAUGCCGCUGGAUCGGGAUGCGAGAAAGGAAAAGGAUCCUCUUAUCGUCAGAGAACGGAAGUUUCCGCUGGAGUCUUAUCCCUACGACACCCCGCCUUACAUUCUGGGAUACACGGGGUAUAUUCCCGGGUUUAGCAACAGGUACGGACUUCCGUUCAGGAGGGCCGUCGAAGAGGGCGGCAGGGAAUGGCGCGAAACGCAAUGCAGACUGAGAACUCGCAGGGACACCAUGAAGAUCCGGGCCGAGAAGUCCGAUCCUGGGAAUUUGCUGGCACGAGCUAGGGCCGACAACGUCGAUGUCGAGAUCGACCAUGGUCACCAACGGGAACGAACCUUCUUCGAGAGUCAAGUGUCUCCCGAGUAUCCGCCCAUCGUAGGCUACACUGGGCACAUUCCAGGAGCCAGGAGCGAAGUCGCCCUCUCCAAGAGGUACGCACAAGCAGCCAAAAAGGGGCUGGAAAUCGUGCGACGGGAACGAGAAGUCAGGUUUGGCAUCCGGCCCAGAGAUUCGGAAACCGUGCAGAGGGUCCUUGAUGUCGCCGACUUGGACGACGAGGGAGGGCCGAGACCGUAAAAUGAUUUUCGGGUUCGAAAGAUCGAACCGGGCUGUA